CAAUCCCUAAAAGAGUAAUCAAAGAGAGAUAUGGAGCCGAUCAAUAUUCUUAGUAGUAGCAAUAGCACUACUACUACUACUAUCCAUUAUUUGAGCGUUCCAUUUGGAGUCCUCUUCUUCUCCAUACUGAUCUACUACUACACGUUCACAACUCCAAGGACAAAACUCCCUCCAGGGUCGAUGGGCCUUCCGAUCAUCGGAGAGACUCUUCAGUUCUUCGCUCCUUACACCUCCGACGACAUCUCGCCUUUCAUCAGCAAAAGGGUACAAAGGUACGGCCCGGUGUUCAAGACGAGACUUAUCGGGAAGCCGGUUAUUGUGUCCACGGACGUAGAUGUCAACCGCUUGGUGCUGAAUCAAGAAAGGGACGGCCGGGAAGAGAUGUUGUUCAAGCCGUGGUACUCCGACAGCUUCAACGAGAUCAUGGGCAACGACAGCCUGCUGGCUUUCGAGGGCUCGGCCCACAAGUACAUGAGGAACUUGGUGCUCGAAGGGUUCGGACCGGAGCGCCUCAAAACCCUCCUCGCCGACGUGGAACGACACACCGUCCGACACAUUCACUCCUGGUCGUUGAAACCUAGCAUUGAUUUGAAAGAAGCGGCUUCCACGAUGAUUCAUAGCUUUACGGUCGAGAAGGUGUUCAGCAUGAAUACCGACGACGACACCGAGCCACUAGUGAGAGAAUUCAAACGAUGUUACGACGAUUUUCUCCACGGGUUGAUCUCCUUCCCCAUCUACAUUCCGGGCACUUCUUAUUGGAAGUGUAUGAAAGGACGAAAGGGCGCAUUGAACAUUAUUAAGAGGUUGAUGGAUCAAAGGCGAGAAUCCCCACACGAGGAAUUCAAAGAGAGGGAUUAUCUCGACUUUAUGAUAGCAGAAAUGAAGAAAGAUGGAAGCCCUUUAACCGAGAAGGUCGCCAUUGAUUUGCUCUUCUUGCUUCCUUUCGCAACUUUCGAAUCCACUUCCUCUACCAUUGUGACGGCUUGUCACUACUUGAGCAAGCAUCCCGCGGCACUCCAAGAACUUACCAGAGAACAUGAAGCCAUUCUGAGAGGGAGAGAAGGGAGUGAAUCUGGAGGAAUCAGUUGGAAAGAGUACAAAUCAAUGACUUUUACCCACAUGGUUAUUAACGAGACCUUAAGGCUUACAAAUAUAGUCCCUGGAAUUUUCAGGAAGGCGGUCAAGGAUGUUGAAGUGAAUGGAUAUUUGAUUCCAGCUGGAUGGACGGUGAUGGUUUAUCCGGCUUCGGUUCAUCUCAACCCCAAAGUAUACGAAGAUCCUUUGAGCUUCAAUCCAUGGAGAUGGAAGGGCCAGCAGCUGCAUUCAGGAUCGCAGAAUUUCAUGGUGUUUGGUGGUGGGGUUAGACUCUGUGCUGGAGCAGAUUUCGUCAAGGUUCAACUGGCCAUCAUUUUUCACCACAUCGUCACUAAAUACAGGUGGGAUGUGAUCAAGGGAAAGGAAGCAGUUCGAUACCCCGGAUUAAUAUUUCCAGAGGGCUUCCAUAUCAACAUCUCUGAGAAGAACGUACGUGGAACCAGCUCAGAAGUAACAGCCGGGAGAAGAUAAAUACUAUAGCAAGCUACUGUGCAAUGGAGAUUGUAAAACUCUAUUAAAGAUUGUAUCGAAUAAGUUAUCGUGUGGUAGGGCAUCUUUGUGUUUCAAUCGUAUAAACAGUUUUCAUGUCAGUCUGACACUCUCAAAACGAGUUUUCAUAUUUUACCUAAACUUAAUUAACAAUCGGGUGAAAAAAAUAAAUUUGCUACUGCAAACAGAGAUGGUAAAAUCCUAUCAUCGAAGAUUGUAUCGAAUAAGUUAGUGAUAGGAUAUUAUUAUGAUUAAUAUUGUGAAUUAAUUGUGUAAUUGUACAAACUUAUACCAUUAAGUGGUUUUCUUAUCAGACCGUGACAGCACGGUGUGAUUUUGCAAAACUCUCAAAAUGGACUGAUUAAAGCCGUUUAUUUUUAUGUCAAACUAAAAGUAAAUGCGUGUGAAGUAAACGGUUUCUUGUGAAAUUUGAGAUUAUAUUCUCCUUGAUCCUGGAAUCUAUAUGAGCCUGAAUGUUGCCAAGGAUCAAGACGUGUGUCUAUGUGUAACCAUUUCUUAAUGGUUAAUUGGUUUGUUUAUAUAUUAUUAGUCUCCUUCAAUUUUUUAUAUUCCAUAAUAGCGGAUCUGGGAGUAAUAAGGGUUACUGCCAGAUUUAAUGGCCAAUAUCUCUUUCAUAUUAAGUUGGAAUUAAAAAAAUUAAAAAAUAAGCUUAAUCGUAUUUUUCAAAAUAAUAUUCAUUUGAUAUAUUUUGGAACAAAUCAUUUCAAGUCAUCCAUUACACGUCUAUAUCAUAGUGGUAAUUCUUGGUAGUACAUUUAGAAUGAAUAUAUCAUAAUAGGAAUAUAUACUAACUACCAUUUAUCACUUUUCACUAUCAUCUAUCAAUAGUUACCUCCCUAUACUAGGGUGGUAUAUUUGGUCUGUAUACUAUUUUCAUAUAUAUGUAAGUCACAAUAGAUCACGAUUUAAUCAGUUUUUCUGUGCAAAAGUUUUCAAAUUUUAAGUUGAAAACGAAUGUGUUAAUGAGUGAUAACUGGAGAUAUAGGAUAGUAAUGGGUGCUAUGAAAAAUUUUCUCAAAAUAUAUAGAUAAUUAAUAUCAUUUACAAAUCACAAUGAACUCGUUUCAUCUGUGCAAAAGAUUUCAAAAUCCAAGUUAAACAAAGAAUAUAAAUUGAUUAAAAAAGAGAGACAAUAAAAAGUAUUUAAAUCUCAACUUUUAGAUCUGGCCCCACUCGAAAUCAAUGGGCAGUUUGGUCAUAAACAGUACAAACUACAACGACAAAACAUACAAACAAAUUUACAAACAUUACAGACGUAUGAACUGUACAAACAAUACAAACUGGACCGACAAACAAUACAAACCGUACAAAAAAGGAAAAACAACCGGGUUGACUUUGGAGGCUCCAUCCCUAUAUAGAGGGCUCCGUGUCAAAGUCAACCCGAUUUUUUUUUUAGACAUACAAACAUUACGAACAUGGUGGACAAAAAUGACAAACUAGACAUACAAUCCAUACAAACUGGAAAAAAAACACCCGGUUAACUUUGGAGGCUUUAUCCUUAUAUAGAGGAGUUUCAUCCAAAAGUCAACAAGGUUGUUUUUUAGACAAAAAAUUGUAAACAUGGUUGACAAAAAAUGAUAAACAUGGUGCACAAAAAUAACAAAGUUUACAAACAUUA